UAGGCCAUCCAUUCCAUCACUCUCAUCCCCCAUGCAGCCAGCACCCUGACUCAAAAACCAGUCCAGCCCCUGUCUGCACAGCUACUGGCCUUGCGACUGACUGACUGACUGACUGUCCGCCCACCCGCCACUAAUGUGAGUGAUACGAUAGUCACUCACUCACUCACUCACUGUCUGUCUGUCUGUCUGUCUGUAUCUUGCCUUUUUCUAUCUCGCGGGCAGCAGACGCCUCCUACUUCUGUCGUCAGGCUGACUCGGCUGCUUCCUACACCUGACUGGCAGUUCCGCGUGCAUGUGUGUGUCGCUGGGUGAUGGCUCCUCGUCAUCAGUGGGUCCGUCAUGGGCAGCAGGACCUUCAGCUGAGGGAGAGGGGUGCGACAGGAGGGACCUGAAGGUGUCACUCAAAUACCUGGACGCACACACGCAGGCAGGCAGCCGCACACGGUGGGCGACUGACUGACUGAGGCAGGCAGCGAACACCCACCGGCCGGAUCCACUGAACACCCACCGGCCGGAUCCACUCAGGCACACUGACCGUUUCAGUCUGUUGUGUGGUCGUCGUGCAGCAGCUGCAGCGGCGGCCUGCGCAUCCCUCUCAAAGAGCUCGAUGGCCGCGCAGUUGUCGUACACACAGGUCAGGUCGUCCAAUGCAUCUUUCUGCGCGUCGCUGAGAGCUGCGGCAGACAGGCAUACCCGGCCGGGCAGUCAGUGUUGUGUGUGAGGUGAAUGCUGCUGCGUGGCUGCCUCCUCCGCUCACUCACUGGCAUAUUCUGAUUCACACACGCAGACAGGCGGGGAGGCAGGCAGGGAGGCAGGCAGGCAGGGACAGGUGAUCACACGAGGCAUGCAGCCAGCCAUUCACUGGGGUGGAUACCUGGGAAUUCCCUGAACUGCUUCAGCACGGCCUCCUUCUCUUCCUCCUGACAGCACACAGACAUACACACACACACACACACACAUAUACAGACACAUCCAUCCAUCCAUCCAUCCAUCCAUCCAUUGUUCGGAUGCCCUCGAUGGUCUGGUCUGCUGUAGGUUGGUUGCUCACCGUCAUCGAACGCCAUAUGGGCAUGGUGGCUGCAGUCCGUCCAAAGAGGAGAGAGUCCGUCACACAUGCAUACAGUCAGUCACCCUCACUCUCCUGCGUGUGGCUGGCUGCGUGCGCACCGUUGACGGUAUCACAUAGCUUCCUGCCCUCUUCGUCCACCGGCCUGAGCUUCAGCACUCGUUCGCACAGCUGGUCCGGUCCCAACUGCGGCUGCGGUGGCGGACGGAACAUCUGAGUCAACAUCUCUUCAAUCCGCAUUCCCACGAUGAGUGUGUGGCCUUCCUGUGAGCCUCUCUGCAGCUGAUCUUUGC